CCCUGGGGUUUCCUUUCCUGCCCUGGGGUUUCCUCUCCCACCCUCAGAACAAUCUUCUGAUGUGAGUACAGUACACAGGGGCCAAUCUGUCAUCGAGGCUUACCCCCCCGAUUCUCUUAUCAAAUGAGAUGUCAUUGAGAAUACCAAUGUCCUGGUCCAAUAAAAACCAAACAAGUAAUGAAAUUAAAUAGUAGUAAGAGAGGAGAACACCUCCACUGUUACAGAAAGCUACUGUACAUUACAAGCAGGCAUGUUGCAGUAUACUAAUCAUUGACAUUGUCUGAGAUCAUUGCACUGCCCAUGAUCUUCUCUCUUACAGGUUUUAUUGCACACUUUGCUGAACGUGAGAGCCACUUUCUUCCCAAGAACAGGGUUUUUCAAUCCUGGUCCUAGGGACCCAAAUUAGUUUUUGCCCUAGCAUUCACACACCUGAUUCAAAUUAAAGGCUUGAUGAGGAGAUGAUUAGUUGAAUGAAGUGUGCUAGGGCAAAAACAAAAAUGCACAUCCCAGGACCAGGAUAGAGAAACACUGCCAUAGAACAAUAUAUUCAUGUUUUAUGGUAUUCAGUUCGUCUGGGUCGUCUGGGUCAUGUUCUGAAUGAAAUGGGAAGGUACUAUCUGAACAUUAGAACACACAUUCUCGUUUUCUGUUGCAAAAGAUUUUGCUACAUUGUGUCUUACUGAAUACGACCCAGAUUUCUGUUUGUCCAGUGGCCAUCUGUGAUGAUUAUGCCGCUUCCUGUGCCUUCAGAGUUUGAUGGAGAGCUGGUCGGAUGACAGCUGGAACUGUUGUCAUAACUGGAGGAAUUCUCGCCACGGUGAUACUCUUGUGUAUCAUAGCAGUGCUCUGUUACUGUAGACUCCAGUAUUACUGCUGUAAGAAGAAUGAGUCAGAAGGGGACACCAGCUCCGUCACGCAGCCCCACUUUGCCUGCAAUGCAUGCAGUGCUCCCGGGGUGGACGGGACGGCCGUCACUCCCCUCUCCCUCUCCCCGGAUCUCCCUGCCUCCCACGCCACGGGCCCCCCACGUAACUACUGCCCCACCUGUUCGCCCUACGAAUCACCCUUCUAUAUCCGAACCACCGACGAGAUGCACAAUGGCGGCGAGCGCAUCACCUACAUGCCCACGCACUAUGAGAACCCAGCCCUGGCUCUCGCCCUGCCCUCCCUGCAUGGCUCCCUGCUGAGCAGCAGCCAGCAUCGCAGCAACCCAGCACCGGACUUCUACACCAACACUCGCGCUAUAAGUACAGACGUGUGACCCACUUCCGAUGUCCUGUUGGCUCAUUUGGUUGGAGCGUGGUGUUUUCUACUGCAGGGUUGUGAGCUCAAUCCCUGCAUAGGCCAUGCACUGUACACAGAACAUUUGUUCAUUAUUGCUUUGGAUAAAAGAGACUAUGUUUUUACGAGGGUAAUCUCUGGUAGCCACUGUGUCUCUCUGCUGACAGCUAAAGAGAAGAGGAUGAAAAAGGAGCAUUGAGAGACAACAUGAAGCAUUGACCCUUUGACCUGGUCAUGCACUUCCUUGUUCUUUCUCCCUACACUGUGUCAGCUAGCUUCCAGCUGGAUUUGAGCACACUCAAACAGUAUUGUUUUUUAAACAGAGGUAGCUAUCAUGUUUGUUGCUGUUUAAUUAAAAACUAGACUCCUGUAAUACAGAGGCAGGGAGCAUCCCUUAGUGUUCAAUAUACCAAGACCUAUACGCUGUCUGGCGAGGUAGUGUGUGGGAAUCUAAUCUUCACUGUUCGAGGGCUAUCUAUAUCGUGGUUUUACCUGGACCUACUCUUGUCAUUUCCCUGUAUCUGCCAAAAGAGAUUCUGGACUACAAAUAAAAGCAAAUUGCAUUUUCAAGUGAAGGUAUUCAGAAGAAACGUAGCAAAAAUAGUGAAGAGACCCUAACUCCUUCAGAGCUUUCUCUAUGCAAGUUCUAUGCACGCAAAAUCCGAAUUGGUUGGAGAGAAAAGUAUAACGAUGCAGCUGUCCAGCUUGUAUGUUUUUUUUCCCUCCAAAUGUUUGUCAUAUGUCACUGGAACAAUUGAAAGACUGUUGUCUAUUGUUUUAUGUUAUUGAAAGAGGUAUGUAGCCUACCAUGGCUACUUUUGAGACAAUGGAAUUUGAUCACAUAAUAUAAUAACUAGAAUAUUACAGUUUAAAGAGUUUUCAAGUCAGGACAGGGGCAUUUUGUAAGUGGGUGAUGCAGUAUUGCAGUUAGUGAUGAUUUGUCUGUUUCUGCACCUGUGUCAUUAAGUGGACUACCAUUCUUUGUGCAGAACACUGAAGCUACAGUACAGUUCAAAUUGUAUUUCUCUUCAUUGACAAUGAUGCAAAAAGUUGGAAAUGUAUAUAUUACCAAAUGCAUUGAAAGCAUUUCUAUUUGUUUGUCUCUUUGAUUAACUGGCUGAUGACUUUUUGGAUUCCGUCAUGAUGCAUUUUGAAUUGGGGUGUGUAAGUCUGGUAUGAUUUAGAUGUAGUUUGUGCCAUUUGGUGUCCGCACUUUUCUGAUCAUCUAAUUGUUGAUUCUAUGAACUGUACACAUCCAUGUAUUUACACAUUUGAGUGUUUAUUUCAUCUUAUGAAGAACUUGAAAUACAAUAUUUAUGUAAUUGGUAACUAAAUACAUAAUUAUUAACCUUGUUAUAUGGCACUCAUUUUUAACCAAUUAUUAGACAACAUUGCUUGCCAUGUAUGAUAUUAUUUUGCCCUUUUAUGUUUUAGUGUGAAACAGCAAAAAAAUGACAUGUAUGAUAGGGGUGAUACUAAUUUUACUAUAGGUUUCUAAAAGCACCCCCAUCAGCUACUUCUGUAUAGAGCUGAAAAGCCCUAUCAUACCUGUGACAACAGCAAUGCUCAUAUGGAUACAACGAUACCAACAUAAACAUACAUGUGUCUAUUAAGUCCUUACACUUUUGAUUAGAUGUUACAGUUUUUUUUCCACCAGUGCAAGUCUUGUACUUGUAUUUUUGUCCAACAUUAAAUAAAGGAAUGCAUAUAUUGGAAAACAUGCUGUAAGAUGUAGAUUGAAGAAGGAAGCUGUUAUAAAAUGAUUGUCCAUGAAAAAGCAGUCGUGUGUUAGGGCGUUGUUUCUAGUGUUUAUUUGCUCUUUAAAAAGGGGUUAAAAAUGUGUGUCUGUUCAAAAGCUUCUAUAAAUCUGUCCAUUUAAAUCCGAACAAAGACUAAACAUUUCAAUUGUGAAUAUCUACCGAAUUACAUGCCCCAUAAGAAUACAUUUUCAUAUUUCAUUCCUGUUGGUUUAGGUUAUUCACAAAAUAACUAACCAUUUUUUUUAAAUACUAUGAAAUAUUAAAAGAGAAAAAUAUAUAUAUCUCACAUUGUUACCUUGUGACAAUUAAAGAUUUAUAACUGC